AUGACAAAAACCGUGACCAAAAAGGCUGAUUCUCUUUGCUACAGCUUCACUGUUGGCAAGUCCGGGUCUGGACCAUGGUGGCACAAAGUCCAAGGUCAGCUGAAUGAAGAUACUUUUAUUUCCUGUGACAGUAACAACUGCCAUGCUGUUGGUCGUCUGGGAAACAGACUGGAUGCUACAAAGACCUGGGAGACACAGAUUGACACUCUGAAAGAUGGAGUUGACUUGUUCAAAGAUCAGGGCAUUCAGAUGAAGCUGGAGAAUAAUGCAAUGAGAGAGCCCUUCACUCUGCAGGCCACUAUAUGUUGUAGGAGUGAAGGAGGUGAACAUGUUAAAGAAUCCUGUGACAUUGACCUCAAUGGACGGAAAAUGUUGCACCUUGACUUAAACACUAAAAAGUGGACUGAAGUUAAUCCUGGAUCCAGCUGGAUGGAAACAAUGUUGAAAGAAAACAAGUUUUUGACAGAAUUCUUAUACAAGACAUCACAGGGAGACUGCAGGUCCUGGCUUGAGGAGUUCAAGUCAUACUGGGAAGAAAAGCUGGAAUCUAUAGCCUUGCCAACUGCUGCACCAGAUGUGGACCAGCCUUCGUCCAUGGUCAGAAAGCCCAACAUCUCUGUCCUGCUGAUAAUCCUCAUGAACUUUCUCCUAUUUCUCCUACAAUAUUUGUAG